AAUGAGUACUUCGGCACCAUCACCAUCGGGACCCCCCCCCAGGAGUUCAGCGUUCUCUUUGACACCGGCUCCUCCAACCUGUGGGUCCCCUCCGUGUACUGCUCCAGCUCAUCCUGUGCAAACCACAACCGCUUCAACCCCUCGGCCUCCUCCAGCUUCGUCAGCACCAGCCAGAGCGUUGAGAUCGCCUACGGCACUGGCAGCAUGACCGGCAUCCUGGGCUACGACACCGUCAACGUCGCCGGCAUCAACGUCGCCAACCAGAUCUUUGGGCUGGCUGAGACCGAACCCGGCGAUUUCUUCUACUACAUGCCCUUCGAUGGCAUCCUGGGGCUGGCCUUCCCCAGCAUCUCCUCCUCUGGAGCCACCCCUGUCUUUGACAACAUGAUGAGUGAAGGUUUGGUGGCCCAGGACCUCUUCUCCGUCUACCUGAGCAACAACGGCCAGAGCGGCAGCUUCGUCCUCUUUGGUGGCGUCGACUCCUCCUACACCACCAACGGCAUCAGCUGGAUCCCUCUCUCUGCUGAAACCUACUGGCAGAUCAGUCUCCUCAGCAUGAACCUCAAUGGAGAAGCCGUUGCCUGCACCUCCGGCUGCCAGGCCAUCGUGGACACGGGCACCUCGCUGCUGGCUGUCCCCAACAACGCCCUCAGCAUCAUCCAGAGCACCUUCGGCGCCAACUCCAACGGCGAGAUCAGCUGCAGCGUCGUCAGCAGCCUGCCCGAUGUUGUCUUCUACAUCAAUGGCCAAGCCUUCCCCGUGCCACCCAGUGCCUACGUGAUCCAGAGCAACGGUUACUGCACCCUCGCCUUCGAAGGCAUCGACAUCCCCACCCAGUCCGGUGAGAUCUGGAUCCUGGGAGAUGUCUUCAUCCGCCAGUACUACGUCAUCUUCGACAGGGCCAACAACAUGGUUGGGCUCUCCCCCCUGUCCUAA